AUGGUUCGAAAUAUCGUUGUCAUUGGGGGCACAUCCCACCCUCAACUGACGCAGUCGAUUUGCGAUAUUCUCGGGAUUCCUCCAGCCGACGUACUUCUGUCAAAGUUUUCUGUCGGUGAGACGAGGGUGGAGAUCAAAGAAUCGGUGCGUGGGAAGGACGUAUACAUACUUCAAUCUGGCGGCGGGAAAGUCAACGAUCAUCUCUUGGAACUGCUCAUCACCAUCUCGGCAUGCAAAACCGCGUCCGCCCGCAGAGUCACCGCCGUUCUCCCGCUUUUCCCAUACUCCCGCCAGAGCGACAUCCCUUACAACAAGGCCGGAGCUCCCCUCGUCAAGUCGUCGGUCGAAGCAAAGCAGUCUAAUGGCUAUACUUUCGAGAGUACUCCUCCGACCCCUCACCCAGGAAGGUCCGAGGCUGGUGGCUAUAUGAGCGGUGUGAGUGUUGACAAUCUUCAAAGGAGUCUGGCAAAGGCUCAGCUAGAGGACUCUACCGGGAGCCCAGUGAAGAAGCGGCAGCCCAACGGGCUUACCCGCAGUGACACUCUGGAAUCCCUCAAGUCCGAUAGCAGCAAGUCCACGCUUCCAAACGGCAGCGUAGACGAGAGCCAGAACAAAAUCGACAAAUUCCAGCCGCGUCCCGGAUACAAGCAAUGGGUCGCUCAAGCGGGUACCCUUGUAGCUGAUCUGCUCACCUGUGCUGGCGCGGACCAUAUCAUCACGAUGGACCUUCACGAUCCCCAGUAUCAAGGCUUCUUCGACAUUCCCGUUGAUAACUUGUAUGGACGCCCACUUCUGAAGAAUUACAUCAUGCGCAACAUCCCAAACUACAAGCAAACUGUCAUCGUGAGUCCUGAUGCAGGCGGAGCCAAGCGAGCGACCGCGAUUGCGGACUCAAUGGGCGUGGAAUUUGCUCUGAUUCACAAGGUAUGCUAUUCCAAUGAUCCUGCAUGA